UUUGUUUGUUUUAUAAAAAAAACUCAAUCAUCAGCAGUGAUCAGAGCCACACACAAAAAAAACACACAAAGUAAAAAUAUCGACUCAUAGAUUUGUAUUGCAAGGAAAUCAUAAGGAAGUCCAAUUUCGGUCCGACAGAAAUGUCAGUGUCAGAUAUUAAGUGUAUUCCUAUGGAAUAUCCAACCUUAAAGGUGCCAUACGAAAUUUUAAACAAGAAAUUUCGAAUUGCUCAAAAAGCAUUGGAUCGAGGUCUGUGUCAAAUACAAACAUUUGAAUCGGAAUUGGAACGUGGUUUGGACGAGAAUGCACCUGCGGCUGACAUUACCCGUUUAUUGGGCGGUGUCGUUGAGAAGCUUCAAGUGCUGAAGCGAAAAGCAGAUGAAAGUAUAUCGGAUGAACUGUCUGCUGGUUUAGAAUGCAAAAGGCGAUUGGAGCACCUACGACAACAAUAUGUACCUAUACCAGCAUACGAGGUUCAGUUGGCAGCAACAAAUCGAUGGAAGAAAAUUCGUUUAGAUCGAAUGAUUGUCGAACAUUUCCUACGACUGGGCUACUACGAAACCGCUGAACGUUUGGCGACGCGCAGCAAUAUUCGAGAAUUGACCAAUUUGGAUAUAUUUCAAACGUCCCGCGAAGUAGAAGAAGACUUAAAGAAACGCCAAACGAGUAAAUGUUUGGCCUGGUGUGCGGACAACAAAUCAAAAUUGCGAAAAAUUGCGUCGAAUAUUGAAUUUCAGUUGAAAGUGCAGGAAUUCAUAGAGCUAAUUCGGGUCGAUCGUCGGUUAGAUGCGGUCAAACAUGCCCGGAAAGCGUUCGCAUCGUACGAAAAGGAUCAGUUGAAGGAAAUACAAAAAUGUAUGGCUCUGUUAGCCUUUCCAACUAGUACAGACAUUGAACCGUACAAAUCGCUGUUCAAUCCGAAGCGUUGGAACGAUUUGGUGUUAGAAUUUCGGCUCGAAAACUAUCGACUAUUUCAAUUGUCUACACAAUCGGUGCUGGGCGUGACCGUGCAGGCCGGACUAUCCGCAUUGAAGACACCGCAGUGUUAUUCCUCAUGCUCAAAAAGUAUCAAUUGUCCGGUGUGCCAACCGAAUUUCAAUGAAAUUGCGGCCAAUUUACCAUAUUCGCAUUGUGCUCAAAGUCGGUUGAUUUGCAGAGUAACUGGAUUGCCGUUAAACGAACACAAUCUUCCCAUGAUGCUUCCCAAUGGACAAAUAUUUGGUCAAUUGGCUCUCUCGCAAAUAUCCAAAGAUAACGGUGUCAUUGUGUGCCCGAAAACAAAUCGCACAUUUCAGCAACCAAAAAUUGAGAAAGUUUUCGUUAUGUAGUGAUAUCUCAUUGGUUUUCAUUAUUAUAUACUCACCACCCCAUCCAUCACAUUUUAUUGCGUUUCUUGUGAUCCAUUUUUAUCUUUCUCGGUUUAAAUUAUUUUCCUUCUCAAUUUUUAAUUCGGUUUUUCCUUCUUUUUAAUUUUUGAUUUCAAAUUUAUAUUGUCAUGAGCGAACAAUUUGAAUUUAGAUUUAUGAAUCCCAUUAAUAUCAAAACAAAACAAAACAAAAAAAACAAACAAAUUUCAUUGAAGUCAAAAUAUAGCGUAUUUAAGCAAUAUAAA